ACUACUCCACAGAACGAAAUCACCACUUUCAUUUCACCGAUCGAGCUCAUCCAAAGCAAAAGAAAAAUUUCAAGAGGCCGCACGCAAUGGGUGACAACCGGGCUGUUGUCCUCCUGGAACCUGAACUCGAACCCCUGCCGGUCACCCGCACGGCGCCCCUCGCCGCCUCCUACAAUGAUCGGAUCCGCCCCUUGCUCGACGCAAUCGACAGGCUCCGGAACCUCAUGGUCAUGAGGGAGGGCAUCCAGCUCCCCACGAUAGUCGUUGUUGGCGACCAGUCCUCCGGCAAGUCGAGUGUCCUCGAGUCCCUUGCGGGCAUCAACCUGCCCCGGGGGCAAGGCAUCUGCACCCGCGUCCCUCUCAUCAUGCGACUCCAGGACAACCCUUGUGCCGACCCCGAGCUCCACCUUGAGUUCAACGGCAAGGUCGUCCCCACUGAUGAGGACAACAUCUCCGAGGCCAUUAAUGACGCCACCGACGAGAUCGCUGGCUCUGGCAAAGGCAUAUCGAACGCCCCGCUGACUCUUGUUGUCAAGAAGGACGGCGUCCCUGACUUGACCAUGGUGGACUUGCCAGGAAUCACGAGAGUGCCCGUGCACGGCCAGCCCGAGAACAUCUACGAGCAGAUCUCAGAGAUGAUAAUGGAGUACAUUAGGCCUGAGGAGAGCAUCAUCCUCAAUGUCCUGUCCGCCACCGUCGACUUCUCCACUUGCGAGUCCAUAAGGAUGUCGCAGAUGGUGGACAAGACAGGCAAGAGGACUCUGGCUGUCGUCACGAAGGCUGAUAAAGCUCCGGAGGGCUUGCUUGAGAAGGUGACUGCCGAUGAUGUCAAUAUAGGGCUUGGUUAUGUCUGUGUCAGGAACAGGAUUGGUGAAGAGUCCUACGAAGAAGCGAGGCUGGAAGAGGCGAAGCUGUUCGACACGCACCCUCUGCUGUGCAAGAUCGACAAGUCAAUCGUUGGUGUGCCAGUCUUGGCGCAGAAGCUGACGCAGAUACAAGCCACCAUCAUGGCCAAGUGUUUGCCGGAGAUCAUCAAGAAGAUCAAUGACAAACUGAACGCGAACAUCACUGAGCUUAAGAGGAUGCCCAAGAAUCUGUUCUCGGUUGCUGAGGCUAUGACGGCCUUCAUGCAGAUCAUGGGGUUGGCGAAGGAGUCGCUGAGGAAAGUCUUGCUGAGAGGCGAGUUCGACGAGUACCCGGAAGAGAAGAACAUGCACUGCACGGUCAGGCUAGUGGAGAUGCUUAACCAAUUCUCUGAUGAGCUCCAAAACUGUCCUGAGAAUGACCUGACGACCAACUUCCUUUUGGAGGAAUUGGAGGUCCUGGAAGAGGCGAAAGGGAUCGGACUCCCUAACUUCCUCCCUCGUACCGCCUUUCUCACCCUUUUGCAGCGGAAGGUGAAGGGUAUAUCAAGCAAGCCGCCAAGCUUUGUGGCCCGUGUUUGGGACUACAUCGAGGGAGUUGUGAUUCGGGUGUUGAUGCGACACUCAGAGAAUUAUCCUCAGCUUCAGUCGUCGAUGAGAAGAGCAGCGUCCAAUCUGAUCAAUAAGACGAAGGAGAAGGCGAUGGAUAGGAUGAUGGAGAACGUCGAAAUGGAGAAGCUCACGGACUACACUUGCAACCCUAAGUACAUGUUGGAGUGGAACAACUUGAUGUCCCAGCAGAACAAAUUCAUGGACGCGAUCAACCGCAGGUCAAAGUCUAGCAACAUUAACCUCGAGGCGAUCGGGGAGGUCGACGUGGCCAACCUGAGGGAUCGUAAGGACCAGAUUCAGGACGCAUUCGAUCUGAAGAUGAGGAUCACCGCGUACUGGAAGAUCGUGCUGGGGAGGAUAGUCGACUCAAUGGCACUGCAUCUGCUGUUCGACAUGCAGAACUUGGUGAACAGUGAGAUGGAGGCGGAGAUCGUGGGCGAGCUGAUCGGGCCCAAUGGCGGCGGCAUCGAGAAGAUGCUGGAGGAAGCGCCGUCGGUGGCGGCGAAGCGUGAUAAGCUGAACAGGAGCGUCAGGCUGUUGAGGGAGUGUGCGGCGGUGGUGGCCAAGAUCAUGGACAAGAUCAAUUGUGAGGACUACAAUGAUUGAUUAGUGUUGUUUUUCUACUGGGGUUUCUUGCUUUCUUUCUAGGAGUGUGCUCUUGUUUGGAUUGGCAUGAAACUACAAGCUUCCUAGGAUUAGGUAUUUUUCCUAGGAAGGGUAUUAUGAGUGUUUGACUUUUGUUGUUGUAGUAAAUCAGCUUCUGAACGUUAGUUCUAAAGGUUGUUUUGCGUC